GGACAAGCAUUGUAAUGUGAAUUUUGAGCUUCAGAACAUGGGUUGUUGCUUCAGCAAAGAAUUAAGUAGUGACAAUGAGAAUGAAAAAACUGGCCUGUUAGAAAAAUCUGUGAAGGAAAACAAACCAGGAAAUAAGAUAAGUAAAACUUUAUCUUCUUUAUUGGAUAGCCUUGAAGUUAAGGAGCGGCAUAAUGAAGCCAGUAGGACAGCUGCUGAUCUUAAUAUGUGGACUAGAAUUCUUGAACGGUUUGGCUACAAGCAGAGUCAUAGACCAAAACAGUCGUUUAGCUUUAUUUCUACUCUGAAAUAUAAGUUCUUAGCUAGGUAUGAAAAUUUAGAUAAGAGUGACAAGAAUUCAGAUUUUACUUUUAGGGAGCAGAAUUCAGAAAAUGUCUGUGAUAUAUUGUGUGUGAAUAAUGACAGUAAACCAGCCUUGUCUGAAGGUCUUUGUUCUGAAGAUCAUGUGUCUCUUUCAUAUGUAGUAGUUUCUUCUUACCAGAAUGUACAAGAAAAAACCAUUAUAGAUAACCAUCUGUGCUAUUCAUUACUAGAGAAUGACAUGAUAGUAAAUGCUCAAAUCAGCGAUAAUGAUCAGAAUAAUUCUUUUUGUAUGCGUGAUUUAGAAGUGAAAAAUGAAAAUCAUAUUUGUGUUGAUCAUAAGCAAUAUAAGACUUCAAAAGAUAGCAAGUUUUAUAGUAUUUGUGUUAUAGAUCCUGAUUGUCUUGAAGUUGAAGAUGAAAUAUGCACUCCCACAUUUGGAGCAACUGCAGUAGAAGACUAUCAUUCAGCUGUUACCUCUGAGGGAAUUUACAAACUGAAAGGGCCUCUAGAUAAUGGGAAAACAUUUUUAGCCACAGAUUCUCUACAAAGGACAGGAUACUUAAAGGCACACCAGAAAAAGCUACUACCACAGAAUGUGGUAGAUGCAACUGAAAUAAAGGACUUAUAUAAUGAGGAAACUAUAUCUGAUUCUCAAUUCUUGACGAGUACUGAUCAUCCUUAUAAAGCUAGCAGUGAUAGCAUGCAAGUUGAUUCUUUAAGAACAAAAGUUGAUGCUGAAUAUCCUAAAUAUUACACAGAAAGCAACACAUUACACAAUAUUGUCGCACUAUGUGAAUCAAAUAUUAGCAUAAGCGAUGACUCACUAAAAUGUUUGCAUGCUGUUCCAGAAGAGAGAGAGAGCCAUAGUUCAGAAAUAGUAAAUCAGGUAGGUGAUUCACCUAUCAAUUUACUUAAUGACAUUACAUGUCUUGAAAGAAAUGAAGAAUCUGAAGCUGUAACAGUUAGUGUAGUGAAGAGUUUAAACUUGAAAAAAAGAGAAAAUAACUCAAUAAAAUCGUUAAAAGAUAAUGAUUAUUUCAAUUUAGAUAUUAGCAAAGCAGACAGUGUCAGUCUAGAUAGAAUUAAUGUAAGUCCAGAAAAAGAUACCACUUUGGUUAUCUUUGAAAAUGAAUGUCUUCAGGUACAGUCUAAUGUUAGAGAAGCAGCAGCUAAACUACUUGGUGAUCACAAUGAACCUAAACACCAUAUAAAUUCAAUGGUGAUUAAUGUUGAUCAAUACCUAGGUGAUGGCAGCUUAGAAACUGAAACUCUGUACCUCAAAAACAAAGAGAAAUUAUCAUUACCAUCAGAAAAUAGUUUAUCUCACCUAGAUAAAUGUAAAUUUAAUGUUUUGGGAGAUGUUGGGCUUGCUAAGAGGGCUAAUGAGUUGGAAUCUUUAUGCCAAGUAGAUACAUGUGUAGAUACUAAGGCAAUUAAAGUUCAGACACAGCCCUAUAAUUUAACUGGUGCGGUAUGUGAAACAAACACAGAUGGACUAAUCCAAAGAAUAAACAACUCAAAACUUAAGACUUCACAAGCAUUGCCCAAAGAUGGUGAGCCUUUUGAUGAUUCCAAAUCGCGUAUGAGUAGCUCUGUUUCCUCUGUAUGUAUUUUCCCCUGUUCUGAAGAAGGUGAAGCAGGACUGAGCUAUAAAACAGAAGAUCAACUAAGUGAGCCUUACCAGUUAGAAGAUGCUGAAAAAGAAACACUAAAACUUCAGAUAUUAGAAGCUAAUCAUAGAGAAACAAGUGAAAAUGUGAUAGAAAAGGUCAAAUCACAUUCUACAGCAAUCUUUGAACAGGAAAAAAGCAUAAAAUGCAAGGAAGUGCCCAGUCAGAAUGUGGGCACAUUUACUUGUGUUAAUUCUAACAUAACAAAAAACUCUGAUUAUGAAACAAACCAAGUAGGAAAAAAUUGCAAAACCUGUAGCAUGAAUAACUACAAAGAUGAAGACCAUCAUAUUUUAUCACCUUUAAGCCAAAGCUCAAGUUCCAGUAAAGAAGAGUCAGUAGAAGAGAGUAAGUCUAUUAACAAUGGUGAAAAUCCAGAACUGAAGCAAGUUUUCUCUAAAUCAACUGAAGGAAUUUUGUCUGCUUUUGCUGAUAGUGUGUCCGGGUUGAAUAAACCAACACUAUCAAUUAAAGAAGAAGAGAGAUUUUAUUUGACGGAAGAUAAUGUUCAUGCUAAUGUUACUGACUGCUUAGUUCCUUGUGGAACAAGUGAAUAUGUAUACCCUUUUAAAGGGGAAAAAGCCAAAUGCACAAUUCAAGAAUCUGCUUUGAAUGGAGAAAGGGAUUUUGUGGGAAAUUCAAAGAUGGAAUUUGAAAAAAUACAAUUACUUGAUAUUUCUGAUGGGCAUUCAUAUUUGGUUGGUGUUGAUCCUACCCAAGUGGACAAGUACAGAGCUACUCCUUAUGAUAUACCUCAGGUAAUUCCUGUUAUCCCAAUUGAUGGCAAUGAAAUAGUACCCAUUAGUGAGAAUCGUGCUUUAUCAACCACAGGUGAUAUUUUAAAUAUGCCUGAAAAUCUUUCAAAAGUAGAUUUACAGGAUUUCUCAGAGGAAUUCUAUUCCCAGGGUUUGAAUGAACCUUCCUAUUAUCCAACUAGAGGGUUAGGAAGUCAGAUAUUUUCUGAAAGACUGGCCAAUGGUUGUAGUGGAUACCAAAUAGGCUUUCUCUGGACAAAUCCAAUUGCAAAAGAUGCAGUAGAAGAUGAACAACUAAUCAGUGAGGAUCUACACAAUAAGCCAGAUGAUUUGGAAAUCUCUUCGUUUUCAUUGGAAAAGCCCUUUAAUGAGCUCUCAGCCUCAGACGAUGGUGUUACUUGGGGAUGGAAAUAUACAGGUAGAAAAUUAGCACCAACAACCAAGGUUUCAGAGCUAAACCCUAAUGCAAAAGUAUGGGGGAAUCAUAUGCUACAUUUGGAAGCAAGUACUACAACUGAUGGCAGUGUGAAUAAAACUUGGGAAGAAAUAUCUGACCAUCCUCCAGACUUCUGCAAAGAGGGGUUGGAUGGCAAUGGUGAUGGUGACAAGAGUCAUGAGAAUGCAGCAUUACCAGAUUUACAGGAGUCAGACCAAAUAGAUAUGAACACUUUGGCUCUGGAUCACUCAGAAUAUGAAUCUCUGCCUGAAAAUAGUGAAAUUGGAGGAAAUGAGUCUCAACCAGAAAGCCAAGAAGAAGACCCUCGUGAAGUGCUUAAAAAAACAUUGGAAUUCUGCUUGUCUAGGGAGAAUCUUGCUAGUGAUAUGUAUCUUAUAUCACAAAUGGAUAGUGAUCAGUAUGUGCCAAUUACAACAGUAGCGAACCUUGAUCAUAUCAAGAAACUCAGCACUGAUGUUGAUUUGAUUGUUGAAGUGCUAAGAUCAUUGCCUUUAGUUCAAGUGGAUGAGAAAGGGGAAAAAGUAAGGCCAAAUCAAAAUCGUUGCAUAGUAAUAUUGCGUGAAAUAUCUGAAUCUACCCCUAUAGAAGAAGUAGAAGCACUUUUUAAAGGAGAUAAUCUACCGAAAUUUAUAAACUGUGAAUUUGCCUACAAUGAUAAUUGGUUUAUUACAUUUGAGACAGAAGCUGACGCACAACAGGCUUACAAAUAUCUUCGAGAAGAAGUCAAGACUUUCCAAGGAAAACCAAUUAAGGCACGGAUAAAAGCGAAGGCAAUAGCUAUAAACACGUUUUUGCCAAAGAAUGGAUUUAGACCUCUGGAUAUGAACCUGUAUACCCAGCAGCGUUAUACAGCUUCGUUUUACUUACCUCCAGUAUAUAGUCCCCAGCAGCAGUUUCCCCUGUACAGCUUAAUCACCCCACAGACAUGGUCAACAACACAUAGCUAUCUUGAUCCCUCCUUGGUAACUCCAUUUCCAAAUACUGGAUUUAUAAAUGGAUUUACGUCGCCAACCUUCAAACCUGCAACAUCUCCUCUGACUUCACUCAGACAAUAUCCUCCUAGAAACAGGAAUCCUAACAAAUCACAUCUGCGCCAUACAAUUUCUAGUACAGAGAGAGGACCUGGAUUAUUAGAAAGUCCUUCAAUAUUUAACUUUACUGCUGACCGCUUAAUUAAUGGUGUCCGGAGCCCACAGACAAGGCAAACAGGUCAAACUAGAACACGGAUACAAAACCCUUCAAAUUUUGCCAAGAGAGAGAUUGGAACUGGGCGAGUGGAACAGAGUAGUCUUGAAUCAUCUCCUGGUUUAGGUAGAGGAAGGAAAAGUUCCUUUGGCUAUCGGAAGAAAAGAGAAGACAAGUUUACAGUGAGUUCACAAAGUAGGAGUCAAACACAGUCUCCAACGCCACCAAAACCUCCAUCCCCUAGCUUUGAGUUAGGGCUCUCCAACUUCCCUCCUUUGCCUGGAGCUGUAGGCAAUUUAAAGACAGAGGACUUAUUUGAAAACAGGCUGUCUAGCUUGAUAAUAGGAUCAUCAAAAGACAGGAAUCUAAAUGUGGAUGCAAGUACAAACACUAUUCCUGCAGUAAUCCCCAGAGAGCCCUCAGUGCCCAUUUCUUGUGCUGUAUCAGCAACAUAUGAACAAUCUCCUUCCCCAGCCCAUUUACCUGACGAUUCCAAGAUUAUAGAGAAGCAGAGGGAAACACAGAGUAUGGAAAGACUUUCUUCUCCUCUUGCUACUACUGCAUGUAAAUCAGUACAAGUUAAUGGAACUGCCACAGAAUUGCGAAAACCUAGCUACGCAGAGAUUUGUCAGAGAACAAGUAAAGAGCCUCCUUCUUCCCCAUUGCAACCCCAAAAAGAACAAAAGCCAAACACUGUCGGUUGUGGGAAAGAAGAAAAGAAACUCACUGAACCAAUGGAGAGAUACAGAGAACCCCCUCCCCUGAAGUCAAAUCCAGGACAACCCAAAGAUCAGAGAAGGCAGUUGGGGCGCAGAUCCCCGCCUCCAGCCACUGGGAAGCGUCUAAGUAGAGAACAGAACACACCGCCCAAGUCUCCUCAGUGAUGUGUACGCCUGGGAGGGCUUGCAGAGGCCGUUGUCUUCUGUGGAACUGCAUUGAAGCACUGUUCCCACUCAGUACAGAGAGUGAGUUGCUGGUUAGGGGCUUGCAGUAUAUAAGGCAUGUGAAAUGCCUACAAGUUAUUUUUCUUCUGUGAGUUGGAAUUCCCUGUCUUGAAAAAAAAAUCUACUUUUCAGGAUUUAAUUAAUAUAAACCUUAUUUUAGGUUGGUGCUUAACUGGAGGUGAUGCAUAAGUGAUUUUUUUUUUUUCAGGAUAGAACAUGCAUUUAUUCCUACAAAUUGAUAUUUUUUAUUAGGUCUCCAUAUGGCUAUGAAUGCAAGCUAUAUAUAAUGAGUUUUUCUAAAUUAAGUGGAACUAUGCUACAUUUUUUUUUAGUAACUGGUUUGCAAGUAUAUAUCUCUAAAAUGUCAACAAAUUGAUGAGAGCUGAUGACAGCUAGUCUUGUGAGUGCAAAAUUAGUUUUUGUAAACAUGACCUUCAGAAAGGAGUAGUGUUGGAUUGUUGACACAUAACCUGGCCACAGGUAAUUCUAGGAUGCAUUUUAUGUUUUCAGUACAACUUUUCUCUUGUAUCUGGGCAAAAUGAACCUGCAGAGAGCACCAUAGACAGAGCAGUCUCAAACAUUGGCGUUUUCGUGUACUGCAAGCAAGCAACCAGCUUCUCACUCCACUUUCAAAUGGCUAUUGUGUAAAAUAAAUUCAAAGCACAUUGUUAAUAGAAUUUCAAUGGAAAUAUAAACUUUCUUGCCUAUUGACAUGUUACCACAAAAUUGUACCAUAGUGUUGUUUUAAUAACUUGUGAGUUGGUGCACUUCUGUGCUGGCAAGGAAGGUGAUAAGUUUCCACGUACUUUGUGGUUUUCCCUCUACCUAGUGCUCAUGCCCUAUUAUAGAUUUCUGUCCUCGUUUCCCCCAACUACUCUUUGAAAGAGUCCGUAUUUUAGUCAACUCUGUGUUGGCGUUUUCUGUACCUCUGCAUUGGCACAUGGAUUUAAAAGGUAUUUACUGUGAGAGAAUGCUGUUUGUGUUCCCCAGCCCACCCCACCCCUUUUGGUGGUAGAGGAUGAAAAUCCCUGCGCUCGUGACCUCCAAGAUGAGGUUUCAUUGAUUCGCUUCUAGAAGUGCUACACUUCUGGAGAACAAGGAUGCACUAAAUUUAGCAAGUUUCUAAUAAAGUUAAAUAUAAAUUAUUUUGUUUUAAAAUGCCUAAAAUUUUCUUUACAUAUUCUAAGCAGCAGACAUUAAAAUAAGAGUAUUUCCUGCUAAAUGUAACCAUACAGUUUAUUCCACAAAAUGUUAUUUAACAAGACUGAGUUGUUUUUUGUUUUUUUGGGUUUUUUUGUAAAGAAAAUAUUUCCAUCCAAUAUUUAAAGACUUGAAUUUUAUUUAAACUUGAAAAUGACUUUGCCUUAACUUUUGUAUAAGACAGCUUAGAGUUCAAGGAGACCGGCCCCCUGGGUUGGCGGGAGUGGAUUACAGAGUUACUCAGUUAACUGUGUAGAUCUGUCGUUGCUAGUCUCACUGAGUAAGCAGACUGGAGUACAAGAGCUAGCAGUAGUUUUUGUAAUAUACCAUAAAGAUCUUAAACAGUUGAUCUUUUUUCAAAUUGUUGAAAAAUCCUGUAAAUGCAAAUAGUCGAUACUGUAUUAAAUAUGUGCACUUGGAAGUGUGUGCUUUGCUUGUACAGUUGUAAAUAAUCAGAACAUAUUAAAAAGGUACCCUAAAGAGAAAAAUCUGAUAAAAAUUAUUGAUAUAUUAUAAAUGUUGCUGUUGAGCUGGAUGUAGAUAAACUAAAUGUUGUGGUUUGAAUAUUUUAAUUUGUUCGGGUUUUUUCCUUUUCUUUUUCUCUUAUAUUGGUGUGUUGAACUGAUUCUGCCUCUUUGCUGCAAAAGGAAAAUGGAAAGUCUUAUUAAAAGCUUUCAAAAGUUUUAUCUCGUGAAAGGACUUUGAAGGUAUAAUAGAAAGCAGAAACUGCCAGUAUCUUUAAGUAAUUAAAAAAUAAUCUCUUGAUUAAAAUCAUAUAACUAAGCAUUAUUUUACCCUGCCAGAGGAAAGCAUACCCUAAUGCGUUUUGAUCACAUUUCCUCAAAGCAGUGGUCAUUAUUUAAAUAUCUUGUGCUAAUAAUUUCAAAUGCCUGUAAAAGGAACAUGGGAAUUUGCGUCUUUGUAGUUGUCAGAUUACUGACUAAAAAAAAUCAAAUAAUUGACCUUUUCAUCCCAAACUAAUGAAUACUGUACAGUUGGAAAGGUGAGCUCUAAGACCUGGUAAUGACUAAUGUACUCUUUGCUAGAGGAGGAAACACGAUGUUGUCAGCCAUUGUCAUCACCAGAAUGACAAAUCCUGGUGAGGGCAAGUCAUUGGUUUUUAACAAUGACAGAUCGCUUUCCCUGAAGGCAGUGAACAUUGCAGCUUGAUUUGUAUAUGGAUAAAGCCAGCUGUAGUUUCGUGCUUUGUUGGCUGAAAGUAAAGCUCAACAGCUACAAACAGGAGGGGAAAAAAGGUGGUUACGUGUAGUAGCAACAGUGUACAGCUAAUCAUUAGAGUGCACUGGUACAUUAUAAGAUAAUAUAUUGAGACCAGCAGGGUGUUGUGCUGUUCUAAUGUAUUCUGCUGCCAUUUGUACUAGGUCAAAACACUGUAAUUACUGCUUUACCUAGCAACAGUCCGUUGCAUCAGGCGUUAAAACCUAGCUCUGACAUGAUUUUUUUAAGCAUUCUUUUUAAUUAAGCAAAAGUGAUAUGCCAAAUCGCUAUAUAAUGUCAAAAACAAAACGGAACAAAAAAUUUUCCUUCUGCUAUUAUUUUGAGAUUUGCCCCCCACACACAGACACACACAAUGGGAGAUCUCACAAGAGAACACUAUGGUGGUGUAUGCAGUGUUGCUGCUUGACAUACAGCUAGUAAUAUGUGGGUUGCAUCUUUUAAAAAAAAAAAAAAAGGCUAAAUCUUUCCUUUCCCCCAGUAGUAUCUCACAUUAUAGAAUUAGAGAUAACGGCAAUCACCAAUGACAUUUUAACUUGUAAAAUUGUGUGGUGGUACUUACUAUUUAAAAAUGUAAGAAUAAGAAUCUGACCCUGUUUCACCAGAAAUGAAUUUAAAGUAGAAUAGUUGCUUUUUCAGAGUUAAUGUCAUGAUGUUUCUGAUUAGUCCCUCCUAUAAUUGCAUCACUGUUUGUCACUAGCCGGUGGCAAAGAACUUUUUAUGUUGAUGUAUUAUCUGUCAAAAUGUAUUCAGUUUACAUUUUAAAACUGGUUCAAUUUAUCACCAGGGCAACAGAUGACUAACGGUGCACACCUAUCUUUGUAUCUCCAUUCAGCUGUAGUCGAGGGUUUUAUGUGCUUUGUAACCUAUCACACAGAAAGCAGCAGACAAUCGAAGAUUUAAGGAAAGGUAACAGCUGCCAAGUUACAAAACGGGCAAAAUGUGGAAGCUUUCUUGAAGGUUUUAGAUUUUGUUCUAUUUCGUUUCAUUAAGACUGGAAUCAAGCUUACAUGUAAACUAUUGGUAAUUUAAGUUUCCUUUGUGUCAUUCAUUGUAAAACUGUCUAAUUUGAAAAUGUAGGUUUUGAAAAAUAAAGAUUUAGGCACUGUUCA